CGGUAGAGGGCGCUCUAAUGCAGGAAGCUAACCGGAAGUUAGCAUAGCAACGGACAACAGACCAUCCUGCAUUGAAGUGGUAGCCAUACAAAACAACCCACAGUUUGGUAAAGAUUCUCCCCUUUAAUUGUAUUAUAUUCAGUAAUACCUUUAACUACUAGGGUCACUGUUGUUUCAUAAGAACAUGGGCAGGAGCAGGAGUCGGACUCCUCCAAGACGAGGCGGCCAAGUUCUACCUGAGGUCGAGAAGUUAAAGAGUAAAGAGAGAAAGCGCUCCCGCUCCACUUCUCGGGAUCGUGAGCGAAGGCGAAGGGAGAAGGAGCGAUCCCGUUCUCGAGAUCGCGAGCGCAGGAGAAGUCGCUCCAGAUCUCCUCACAGGAGACGAUCCAGGUCUCCCCCCAGACGCCAUCGCUCCACAUCCUCCGAACGGCGUGAUGAGGACAGCAAAGAGCCAAAGGAAAAAGCUGCAAAGCCAAUUCUGAUCUCAGAGGAAGACAUGGAGGGCAAAACCGAAGAGGAGAUUGAGAUGAUGAAGCUGAUGGGAUUUGGUUCCUUUAACUCCACCAAGGGGAAGAAAACUGACGGAUCAGUCAAUGCAUUCGCUGUCAAUACUUCCAUGAAGAGAAAAUACAGGCAAUACAUGAACAGAAAAGGUGGAUUCAACAGACCACUGGACUUCAUCGCCUGAAAGUAUCGACAACUCGUGAAACUCACCUUCGUACUCCUUCUUUAUAGUUGUGGAUGAUAUUGAGCUAUUUCUUGUUUUGUGUCAUGCAACAUUUAUGUAUAUACUUUUUAAAUCUCCCAUCAACACUCGGCUGUGGCUGAUUAUUGAUAGCGGACACAAUAUGUGGAGCUUUGUGUUGUUGAGGUGCCUGGGCGGUUUUAUUUGAAAUAAAAGCAGUUUAAAUAUG